UUCAUUGUUAAUUUAGUGCAGUGAGAGCUGCAUUCUUGUAGGUUUCCGUUUAAGUGUUGGAGUCUUUAUCUAUGUUUUUAUUUUCUUCAAAGGAGUAUCGUUAUAGAGGAAUAAAAGGCAAAUAAAUGGCAUUAAACUCUUCCAAAACUGGGAAACUGGUUUGAAAAACCAGCAGAACAGAAGGUCACUGUGAAGAGGAUGAGAGAAACCGACGAGCGUCACUUGAAUGGGUGAUAAUGCGGGAUCACACGUCCGGUGCGAACGUGGAGGAGCGGCUGAGGCGGUCUCAGAUGGAGUUGCAGUGGAUCCAGAGACAGCUGGCUAUCAUCGGUGCCAGAAACAAACACAAUCAUCACCUACUGGCUAAGUGCAAGAGUAGAUAUGAAGUUUCCUCCCAGCAAGCUACGGGACACUUGGUCCACAAUGUGAGCCGUUUUCGACUGCUGGAGGAGAGAAACAGAGCUCUCAGGCUUGAGGUUGCCACGCUACGCCAAGAGAAACAGCAGUAUAGGAAACUGAGAGCAAAGCUCCAUGCUGCCUUGCAGGAGAAAAAUCGUCUGAACCUUGAGCUGAUCACACACCACCUGAAGACGUCCAAGUAUGACCAGGUGCGAUCAGACUGUGACCAGCUGAGACAGACCUUAGCUGUCGUGAGCCAGGAGAGAGACGUGGCCCAGCAGCAGAAGAGCCACCUCCAAGGCAGAGUGGAGAACCUGGAGCAGGUGCUGAAGCAUAUGCAAGAGGCUGUGGAGCUGAAGCAGCAGCUGCAGACGGAGCAUGAGCAAGCCUUGGUGGCCCUUCACACCAAGCAGAAGGAGAUCAAUCAACUGCAAAAGGUCAAGGUUUGUGACCUGGAGCAGAGAUGCAGGUCACAGAGUGAUCACUUCCAUCAGCUGUCCAACGAGCUGCUGAAUUUCCGUUUGCAAUCAGAUACUGCGUACAUCCCUAAAAGAAAUCCCGACUCCAGAUCCCAGUUCCCUCUGUCAUCAGAGCAAAGACGUUCACAAGUCAGCCUUGGAUUUGAAGCCCACACAAAGAUAGAACAGAGGCCUUGA